AUGGCUGACACCAAGUUUGACGCCUUUGACCGCAAAGACACAACAUACACGUCCGACGAUCUCUCGGUAGGGGUCAGCGUGUUUGUGCCUAAGGGCGUCAAGAAGGGGCAAACAUUGCCUAUACUCAUAAGAUGGCACGGCGGCGCUUUGAUCAACGGUGGCAGAAUCUAUGAACCUUGGUUUCCUAGAUGGAUCAUCGAUCUAGCAGCCAUUCAUAGUGCCAUCAUUGUGGCUCCUGACUACCGUCUACUGCCUGAAUCAUCUGGCCUUGACAUCUUAUCCGAUCUCCACAACUUCUACGCCUGGCUUCAUGAUCAUCUUGCCUCCUUUGUGUCAACCUCAUUCUCACAGCAAAAUUCAAAACCAGAUCUAUCCAAUAUUCUGAUCACCGGAGAGUCAGCAGGCGGCUAUAUGGCCGUUCAGUCGACACUGCUCGGAGAAACUAAAGGUAUCAAAGCAGUCAUCGCACACUACCCAAUGAUUGACCUCAAGGACGCAUGGUACAGCAAGCCUGGCAGCAAAGUCAUCUGGAGCCAACCACCACCGCCAUACCCAGAUGGAUGGCUAGACCAGCAACUCGAAGCUGCCAAAUCUGCAAAGCCCGUAGCCGAACGAAUUCCCAAGGAGGGAGAGCCAGACUUGUUCGUUGCUUCAUUGCUGGAAGGACGAUACACGGACAUCCUUGGUAGCGACUCUCGCCUCUUCCCACUUGAAAAUUUGGAAACUUUCAAGGAGCGUGGUGAAUCUUUGCCGCCAAUCUGGAUGUUUCAUGGAGACAAGGAUACCCUCAUACCGAUAGAUGGGACGUUGAAGUUCGUGCGCGAGGCCCAAGGAGACGUGAAAGAGACAGUUGUUCCAGGAGCAGAGCAUGGGUUUGAUGAUGAUAGCGUUACCUUGGAUACAGAUUGGGUCAUGGAGGGAAGAGAAUGGCUGAAGAUGUAUUGGCCCUGA